CUGAUGGGAAUUAUUUCGGCAGUAAAUUCUAAACCACCACACAUUGUUUUCAUCGUGGCUGAUGAUCUGGGUUGGAAUGAUGUUGGUUUUAACAAUCCGCAUAUGAUAACACCGCACAUUGAUAAACUAGCAGGGGAAGGCGUUAUACUGAAUCAGUCCUAUGUCCAGCCACUCUGUAGUCCAUCUCGCCAUUCCUUUAUGACCGGCUACUAUCCAUUUCAUGCAGGCCUUCAGCACCGUGUUAUCAUGCCGGGACAGGCCGUAUGCUCUCCUCUGAAUAUGCAGUUCCUCCCAAAGUACUUGAAAGAGCUAGGGUAUGCUACCCAUAUGGUGGGAAAGUGGCAUCUAGGGUUCUGUAAAUGGGAGUGCACUCCGACACAUCGUGGGUUCGAUUCCUUUUUUGGUUACUACAAUGCGCAAGAGGAUUAUUACACUCAUGAUUGGGAAGGUGGCUAUGAUUUAAGACAAAAUGAACGCCUCGCUACAGAAUUUAAUGGAACAUAUUCCCUUUAUUCAUACGACAAAGCAGCCGCUGAUAUCAUCCUGAAACACAAUGCCAGCCAACCUUUAUUCUUAUAUAUGGCAUUUCAAAACGUUCAUGACCCAAUAGAGGUGCCCAAGAAAUUCGAGGAUAUGUAUCCCGAUAUUCAGAAUGAAGGUCGGCGUAAAUUUUCAGGUAUGGUCACAGCUCUGGACGAAGCAGUGGGAAACAUUACGAACAAAUUAGCACAGAAGGGCAUGAUGGACGAUACUCUAUUUGUGUUUACUGCUGACAAUGGUGGAUGGCCACUAUACUAUGGAAACAACUACCCACUAAGAGGAGCCAAGUUUACGAUAUACGAGGGCGGUACUAGAGCAGCAGGGUUUGUACGAGGGCCAGGAUUAAACGUCACUGGCAAACGGUUCGACGGUUUGAUGCAUGCAGUUGACUGGCUACCUACUCUGGUAUCAGUUGGAGGAGGGAGUUCACCUCCGGCGGGCUAUAAAGGAGACGGUGUGAACAUGUGGCCCGCCCUGAGUCAGCUCUCCACGUCGCCUAGGACAGAACUAGUGUAUAAUAUUGACGACUUAUUUCCAUAUGAGGAGGGACAUGCGGCAAUAAGAGUGGGAAAUUACAAGCUGAUUGACGGAUACCCAGGCCUCUACCCUGAUUGGUACAAACCGCAGACAGAGGAGAGCGACUAUAGCAUAUCCGAAAUCGAUGCCGAGCAGUUCGAACGAAACCUGGCGAGCAAAUAUCAGCUUUAUAACCUGAAAGACGAUCCGACAGAGCAUAACGACCUGUCUUCUAAGGAACCAGAUAUUGUUAGCAAGCUAGCCGCAAGACUAAAAUACUACCAUGACACAAUGGUACCGGCGAACUAUCCUUUACCCAACCCUUUCAGCAGUCCAAAACUUCACGGCGGAGCAUGGUCACCGGGGUGGUGUUGA